AUGACAGGGCAGGAUCUCUACACAACGCUUGAAUCUACGGCAACAGACUUCAUAACCUCACUGUCGCCUGGCACAGCCGGUAGCAAUAACCCAAAUCCAGUACAGAUCAUGUCAAACAUGUCCCCGGAUUUUCGCAGCGACUUCGGUCAUCGCUUCUUCGUCUCGACCAAACCACAUCUCCAGGGUCGACACGGUGCCGAGCACUUCGUGAAUCGCAUGGCGUUCAUGGCUGUGAAGCUGGAGACUUGGAAGAUUGACACCACGGACGUUGUGGUGGAUGAGCGGAAGAAGAGCGUUAUGGUGAAAAGUGACUUCCACAUGAUAGUGAGGGGAGGGAAGGCUGUGGUAAAUGAGAUAGUGUUUCUGUUGGGGAUGGAUGAAAGCGGACAGGAAAUCGUCAACGCGACUGAGUUUGUGGAUGCUGAGGCUGCGUCGGAGAUAGCGAGGUUGAUGCAAGGCGGAGGGCAAUGA